GGUAUGAAAUGCAGUGAAAAUGACCGCUCAAGUCUUAUUGAGCCUACAAAGGAUAAGGAAUAUGAGUUUGUAAGUGCUUGAACCACUGCUGGUUCAUCAGCAAUACAGUGAAGGGAACCCAAAACUGCUCCAGUAAAAAAACUGAGAAGAAGGAUCAUCAAAGUUUGGACAAUGGAGGGAGAAAGUUUCCUAAAAGUGAGGAAAAUAAGAAUUUCAGACUCUUCAAUUGAUAAAAUUAACACAAAAUUUUUACCAAAUGUUGAAAAAUCUGACCAAGAAGAUAUCGAAGCCACUGCAGAUUCCAUUCAAGAAUCCUCAAUAAAACAGAAUCAUUGAGCUCAAGAGAACCCAGAGUCAACUAGAAGUUCAGAUCAUCUCGACAGCAAAGAAGUCUUGAAAGAUGGAUUUUCUAGAUGCUCUUUAAAUUUAGAGAGAACAAAGAGAUUUACUCAAUCAAAAACUUUUCCCCAAUGAUCUUAGAGUUUAAGCUUGAGUUUAUCAUAAGCUCAGAGCACACCUUGAGUUUAAACGUGACCAGAGACUCAAAUCCAUUAAAAUUGGCAGAGUACAUCUUAAGUCAGCUAGAAUGAGCGAAUAAGGAGUAUUUCAGCUCUGCAGCUUUCAAGAAGGUAGGGGUACAAAACCGGUAUCACAUAAAAUGACUCAUAAUUGAAUAUAUCUGAGAGAAGAUGCAUUCUCAAUUCUCAGAUUUCCAUUUUGCUACUGGAGAAAUUCCUUAAAACAUGUAGAAAAGUCUUGUCUU